GUUUCACCUUACUUCCGGGCUGUGUGUUCCAUACACAGGAAGUGAGUUUCUAUUGGUUGCUGCAGCCUUCCAGUUUCCGUCGUGAUCAGACCACUGACCUGUGAGGAACCAGAGUGUUUACUAGACGUGAGGAUGAGAUGCAUUACUGAUUCCCUGAGGAUGGAGCACGACAGGAGUCACAUGUCUGAGAGGAUCCUAAAUCUCACCCUGGAGAUUAUUUACCUGCUGACUGGGGAGGAUUACACCAUAGUGAGGAAGAUAUCUGCUGAGUGUGAAUUACCAAGCAGCAGUCCUGUUGUGUCAGGAGGACUGAGCAGGAUCCAGAGCUCCAUCACGGUGCCUCAAGCUCACUCACUGAUACAUGGGAGACACAAUCACCAGAAGAUCCUGGAACUCACCAACAAGAUCAUUCAGCUGCUGACUGGAGAGGAGGGGGAGUAUAUAGAGGAACACAGGAGUCUGUACAAGGACGUGAUGAUGGAGAAUCACCGGCCCCUCACAUCACUGGAUGGACCCAGUAACCGAGAUACCCCAGAGAGAUGUCCCUGUCCUCUGUAUUCCCAGGAUUGUACAGAGGAGAAUCACAGGAUCCCACAGGAGGAUCAGGGUGAAGAUCCUACAAAUAUAAAGGGAGAAAAAGAGACGUAUGUGACUGAUAUGAAGGCAGAAGAUAUAGAGAGAGAAGAAGAGAGAUAUGUGACUGAUAUGAAGGCAGAAGAUAUAGAGGGAAAAGAAGAGACAUAUGUGACUGAUAUGAAUGCAGAAGAUAUAGAGGGAGAAGAAGAGACGUAUGUGACUGAUAUGAAGGCAGAAGAUAUAGAGGGAGAAGAAGAGACGUAUGUGACUGAUAUGAAGGCAGAAGAUAUAGAGGGAGAAGAAGAGACGUAUGUGACUGAUAUGAAGGCAGAAGAUAUAGAGGGAGAAGAAGAGACGUAUGUGACUGAUAUAAAGGCAGAAGAUAUAGAGGGAGAAGAAGAGACGUAUGUGACUGAUAUGAAGGCAGAAGAUAUAGAGGGAGAAGAAGAGAUGUAUCUGACUAAUAUGAAGGCAGGAGAUACAGAGGGAGAAGAAGAGACGUAUGUGACUGAUAUGAAGGCAGAAGAUACAGAGGGAGAAGAAGAGACGUAUGUGACUGAUAUGAAGGCAGAAGAUACAGAGGGAGAAGAGACGUAUGUGACUGAUAUGAAGGCAGAAGAUACAGAGGGAGAAGAAGAGAUGUAUGUGAGGGGUGAUCAGCAGUGUAAGCAGGAGGAAAUCCCUACAGAUAUCAGCACAGCAGAUGGCGACACAAGCAGGAAUGCUUUGGAGGGAGAUCUCAUCUUGUCUGCAGAUACUGACAUAGCAGAUAACAUCACACAGGAUUCUCCAGGAGACAGCCCCGUUAUGCUAAAUAUACAUCCAGUAACUCUCAGCGCAGAUAUAUCAUCUGAUUCCUCUAACUGUAAGGACUGUUCUCCUGAUACCUCAGAUUUUGUUACACUUAGUGCAGCUCAUACACCUGAUAAAGUAUUUCCCUGUUCUGAGUGUCGGAAAUGUUUUACUCACACAUCAAGUCUUGUUAAACAUCAGAGAAGUCACACAGAUAAGAGGCCAUUUACAUGCUUUGAGUGUGGAAAAUGUUUUACAAACAAAUCCAAUCUUAUUAAACAUCAAAGACUCCACACUGGUGAGAAACUAUUUACGUGUUCUGAGUGUGGGAAAUGUUUCACACAAAAGUCAACUUUAGUUAUACAUCAGAGACGUCACACAGGUGAGAAACCAUUUCCAUGCUCCCAGUGUGGGAAAUGUUUUACACGGAAAUCAGAUCUUGUUAAACAUCAGAGAAUCCACACAAGCAAGAAGCCAUUUCCAUGCUCUGAGUGUGGGAAAUGUUUUACACACAAAUCACAACUUGUUAAUCAUCAGAUAAUCCACACAGGUGCGAAACUAUUUCCAUGCUCUGAGUGUGGAAAAUGUUUUACAAAUAAAUACAAUCUUGUUAAACAUCAAAGACUCCAUACUGGUGAGAAACUAUUUACGUGUUCUGAUUGUGGGAAAUGUUUCACACACAAAUCAACUUUAGUUAUACAUCAGAGACGUCACACAGGUGAGAAACCAUUUCCAUGCUGCCAGUGUGGGAAAUGUUUUACACUGAAAUCAAAUCUUGUUGCACAUUUGAGAUGUCACACAGGUGAGAAACCAUUUCCAUGCUCUGAGUGUGGGAAAUGUUUUACACAGAAAUCAGAUCUUGUUAAACAUCAGAGAAUCCACACAGGCGAGAAGCCAUUUCCAUGCUCCGAGUGUGGGAAAUGUUUUACACACAAAUCAUAUCUUGUUAAUCAUCAGAUAAUCCACACAGGUGGGAAACCAUUUCCAUGCUCUGAGUGUGGGAAAUGUUUUACAAAUAAAUCCAGUCUUGUUAAACAUCAGAGACUCCACAGUGGUGAGAAACUAUUUACGUGUUCUGAGUGUGGGAAAUGUUUCAUACAAAAAUCAACUUUAGUUAUACAUCAGAGACGUCACACAGGUGAGAAACCAUUUCCAUGCUCUGAGUGUGAGAAAUGUUUCACAAAUAAAUCCGAUCUUGUUAAACAUCAGAAAAUCCACACAGGUGAGAAACUAUUUCCAUGCUCUGACUGUGGGAAAUGUUUUACACAGAAAUCGGUUCUAGUUAGACAUCAGAGAAGUCACACAGGAGACAAACCAUUUCCAUGCCCUGAGUGUGGGAAAUGUUUCACACAAAAAUCAACUUUAGUUAUACAUCAGAGACGUCACACAGGUGAGAAACCAUUUCCAUGCUCUGAGUGUGGGAAAUGUUUCACAAAUAAAUCCGAUCUUGUUAAACAUCAGAAAAUCCACACAGGUGAGAAACUAUUUCCAUGCUCUGACUGUGGGAAAUGUUUUACACAGAAAUCAACUCUAGGUAGACAUCAGAGAAGUCACACAGGAGAGAAACCAUUUCCAUGUCCUGAACGUCACAUGAGGAUGAGAUACGUCACUGAUUCCCUGAGGAUGGAGAACGACUGCAGUCACAUGACUGAGAGGAUACUAAAUCUCACCCUGGAGAUCAUCUACCUGCUGACUGGGGAGGGUGAAGAUCUGACUAAUAUAAAGGGAGAAGAAGAGACGUAUGUGACUGAUAUGAAGGCAGAAGAUAUAGAGGGAGAAGAAGAGACGUAUGUGACUUAUAUGAAGGCAGAAGAUAUAGAGAGAGAAGAGACGUAUGUGACUGAUAUGAAGGCAGAAUAUAUAGAGGGAGAAGAGACGUAUGUGACUGAUAUGACGGCAGAAGAUAUAGAGGGAGAAGAAGAGACGUAUGUGACUGAUAUGACGGCAGAAGAUAUAGAGGGAGAAGAAGAGACGUAUGUGACUGAUAUGAAGGCAGAAGAUAUAGAGGGAGAAGAAGAGACGUAUGUGACUGAUAUGAAGGCAGAAGAUACAGAGGGAGAAGAAGAGACGUAUGUGACUGAUAUGAAGGCAGAAGAUACAGAGGGAGAAGAAGAGACGUAUGGGACUGAUAUGAAGGUAGAAGAUAUAGAGGGAGAAGAAGAGACGUAUGUGACUGAUGUGAAGGCAGAAGAUAUAGAGGGAGAAGAAGAGACGUAUGUGACUGAUAUGAAGGCAGAAGCUAUAGAGGGAGAAGAAAAGACGUAUGUGAGGGGUGAUCAGCAGUGUAAGGAGGAGGAAAUCCCUACAGAUAUCAGCAUUGCAGAUGGAGGCACAAGCAGGAAUGCCUUGGAGGGAUAUCUCAUCUUGUCAGUAGAUACUAAAACAGAAGAGAACAUCAAACAGGAUUCUCCAGGAGACAGCCCCGUUAUGCUAAAUAUACAUCCAGUACCUCUCAGCGCAGAUAUAUCAUCUGAUCCCUCUAACUGCGAGGACUGGUCUCCUGAUACCUCAGAUUUUGUUGCACAUCGUGCAGCUCAUACACCUGAUAAAGUAUUUCCCUGUUCCGAGUGUGGGAAAUGUUUCACAAAGAAAUCAAAACUAGUUGCACAUCAGAGAAGUCACACAGGAGACAAACCAUUUCCAUGCUCUGAGUGUGGGAAAUGUUUCCCACAUAAAUCAACUUUAAUUAUACAUCAGAGACAUCACACAGGUGAGAAACCAUUUCCAUGCUCGGAUUGUGGGAAAUGUUUUACACAGAAAUCAGCUCUAGUUACACAUCAGAGAAGUCACACAGGAGAAAAACCAUUUCCAUGUACUGAGUGUGGGAAAUGUUUUACACACAAAUCAGUUCUUGUUAAUCAUCAGAGACUCCACACAGGUGAGAAACCAUUUCCAUGCACGGCGUGUGGGAAAUGUUUUACACAGAAAUCAGCUAUAGUUACACAUCAGAGAAGUCACACAGGAGAAAAACCAUUUCCAUGUCCUGAGUGUGGAAAAUGUUUUACACAGAAACCAAUGCUAAUUACACAUCAGAGAAGUCACACAGGUGAGAAACCAUUUCCAUGUUCUGAGUGUGGAAAAUGUUUUACAACUAAAUCAAAACUUGUUCAUCAUCAAAGAAUUCACACAGGUGAGAAACCAUUUCCAUGUUCUGAGUGUGGAAAAUGUUUUACAACUAAAGCAAAACUUGUUAAUCAUCAAAGAAUUCACACAGGUGAGAAACCAUUUCCAUGCUUGGAGUGUGGGAAAUGUUUUACACACAAAUCUGAUCUUGUUAAACAUCAGAGAAGUCACACAGGUGAGAAACCAUUUCCAUGCUCGGAGUGUGGGAAAUGUUUUACACGCAAAUCAGUUCUUGUUAAACAUCAGAGACUCCACACAGGUGAGAAACCAUUUCCAUGCUCUGAGUGUGGGAAAUGUUUUACACAGAAAUCCGCUCUACUUAGACAUCAGAGAAGUCACACAGAAGGAAAACUAUUUCCAUGUCCUGAGUGUGGGAAAUGUUUUAAACGGAAAUCACAUCUUUUUGGACAUCAGAGAAGUCACACAGGUGAGAAACCAUUUCCAUGCUCUGAGUGAGGGAAAUGUUUCACACAUAAAUCAACUUUAGUUUUACAUCAGAGACGUCACACAGGUGAGAAACCAUUUCUAUGCCCUGAGUGUGGGAAAUGUUUUACACAGAAAUCAGAUCUUUUUAGACAUCAGAUUUCACACAGUAUGUUUACUAGACGUCACGUGAGGAUGAGAUGCGUCACUGAUUCCCUGAGGAUGGAGAACGACAGCAGUCACGUGACUGAGAGGAUACUAAAUCUCACCCUGGAGAUCAUCUACCUACUGACUGGGGAGGAUUACACAGUAGUGAAGAAGUCAUCCGGUGAGUGUGAAACACCCAGCAGCCACUCCUGUGUGUCAGGAGGACUGAGCAGGACACAGUGCCCCAUCACAGUGCCUCUACCUCACUCACUGAUACAUGAGAGGCACAAUGACCAGAGGAUCCUGGAACUCACCAACAAGAUCAUUCAGCUGCUGACUGGAGAGGAGGAUGAGUAUAUAGAGGAACACAGGGGUCUGUACAAGGACGUGAUGAUGGAGAGUCACCGGCCCCUCACAUCACUGGAUGGGCCCAGUAACAGAGAUACCCCAGAGAGAUGUCCCCGUCCUCUGUAUUCCCAGGACUGUACAGAGGAGAAUCACAGGAUCCCACAGGAGGAUCAGGGUGAAGAUCUUACAAAGAUAAAAGGAGAAGAGACGUAUGUGGCUGAUAUGAAGGCAGAAGAUACAGAGGGAGAAGAAGAGACGUAUGUGACUGAUAUGAAAGUAGAAGAUAUAGAGGGAGAAGAAGAGACGUAUGUGACUGAUAUGAAGGCAGAAGAUACAGAGGGAGAAGAAGAGACGUAUGUGACUGAUAUGAAGGUAGAAGAUAUAGAGGGAGAAGAAGAGACGUAUGUGACUGAUAUGAAGGCAGAAGAUACAGAGGGAGAAGAAGAGACGUAUGUGACUGAUAUGAAGGUAGAAGAUAUAGAGGGAGAAGAAGAGACGUAUGUGACUGAUAUGAAGGCAGAAGAUAUAGAAGGAGAAGAAGAGACGUAUGUGAGGGGUGAUCAGCAGUGUAAGGAGGAGGAAAUCCCUACAGAUAUCAGCACAGCAGAUGGAGGCACAAGCAGGAAUGCCUUGGAGGGAGAUCUCAUCUUGUCUGCGGAUACUGACAUAGAAGAUAACAUCACACAGGAUUCUCCAGGAGACAUCCCCGUUAUGCUAAAUAUACAUCCAGUACCUCACAGUACAGAUAUAUUAUCUGAUCCCCCUAACUGCGAGGACUGUUCUCCUGAUACCUCAGAUUUUGUUACACAUCAUGCAGCUCAUACACCUGAUAAUAUAUUUCCCUGUUCCGAGUGUGGGAAAAAUUUCCCACAUAAAUCAACUUUACUUAGACAUCAGAGACAGCACACAGGUGAGAAACCAUUUCCAUGCUCUGAGUGUGGGAAAUGUUUUACACAGAAAUCAGUUCUAGUUAGACAUCAGAGAAGUCACACAGGAGAAAAAAUAUUUCCAUGUCCUAAGUGUGGGAAAUGUUUUACACAGAAACAAUUUCUAAUUAGACAUAAGAGAAGUCACACAGGUGAGAAACCAUUUCCAUGCUCUGAGUGUGGAAAAUGUUUCCCAUAUAAAUCAACUUUAAUUACACAUCAGAGACAUCACACAGGUGAGAAACCAUUUUCAUGCUCGGAGUGUGGGAAAUGUUUUACACACAAAUCAGUUCUUGUUAAACAUCAGAGACUCCACACAGGUGAGAAACCAUUUCCAUGCUCUGAGUGUGGGAAAUGUUUUACACAGAAAUCAGUUCUAGUUAGACAUCAGAGAAGUCACACAGGAGAAAAACCAUUUCCAUGUCCUGAGUGUGGGAAAUGUUUUACAGAGAAACAAUUUCUAAUUAGACAUAAGAGAAGUCACACAGGUGAGAAACCAUUUCCAUGCUCUGAGUGUGGGAAGUGUUUUACAACUAAAUCAGAACUUAUUAAUCAUCAAAGAAUUCACACAGGUGAGAAACCAUUUCCAUGCUCUGAGUGUGGGAAAUGUUUAACAACUAAAUCAAAACUUGUUAAUCAUCAAAGAAUUCAUACAGGUGAGAAACCAUUUCCAUGCUCUGAGUGUGGGAAAUGUUUUACAACUCACACAGAUCUUGUUAAACAUCAGAGAAGUCACACAGGUGAGAAACCAUUUCCAUGCUCGGAGUGUGAGAAAUGUUUUACAAACAAAUCAGUUCUUGUUAAACAUCAGAGACUCCACACAGGUGAGAAACCAUUUCCAUGCUCUGAGUGUGAGAAAUGUUUUACACAGAAAUCAGCUCUAGUUAGUCAUCAGAGAAGUCACACAGGUGAGAAACCAUUUCCAUGCUCUGAGUGUGGGAAAUGUUUUACACACAAAUCACAACUUUUUAGACAUCAGAUUUCACACAGUAGAAAAGAAUUACUAUGAGUUGAUACAAAACAGGUUUGUAGCACAGCUCCUGUCACACAGUAUUUGAACAAUGUAAGUUAACCAUCUGCAGACAAUUGGAAUGGAUGUCCUAUAAGACUGGAGUAGAUCACCAGAGUAAAACUAAACCUGAGUACACACUAAACAAUAUGUACCCAGUCCAGCAUCACUGCUGCCGGGACCCUGCAUGUGGCAUGUGCAUACUGCAGGGCCAACGGGGGAUGUCACUAGUGACCCGUGGGAGAGUAUACCAUGGGUACACACUAGACCAUUAUUCUGUUAGAUAUUGGGCCCACUCUCCACAGUAAUAACAUUGUUGUUUUGUAUCAUCUACAUUUUGUGCAUUUCAGUCUAACACGUAAAAAGAUAAAACAUUAUCAUUUUUAAAAACAGAUUUCAUUAUGGAAACUCGUGUAAAAUCCAACUUUUAUGUUGUAUUGGAAUGGUGGAUAAAUGGUGACUCACAAACCAAAAAGUAGUUCUUGGUGGGUAGAAACAAAUGAAAGAUGCAGCAGACAAGGAGUGUGGUUUGUAUAGUGCAUUAUGUUGUGUAUUGGGAAACCCUUUCUCCAUGUCACACAUAAAGUGCACGGAAAGUA